AUGACACCAAUCAUCGCGAAGCACGAUAACGGAUUGCCUGAGGGUGCAGUAGGGGUUAUCUACAAUCCUCCUAGAGGUGGUAAUACCCGUGCCACAACGGACUUCACUCUCACCAACGGCAAAAAUGGCGCUAAGAAAGUCACUGUUUGGGUUGGUCCCAGCAGCUGGACACCUACGGGACUGCUAAAGGCUAUCCAGGUAGAGUGGAAAGACGACAAUAGCGUCGGCGUCGGCGUCGGCGUUGGUAUCGUCUGGCUUGCCGCUGCCGAAGACCUCGAGUACGAAAAGGUCUGGCUAGAGCUCCUCGAAGAAACAGCCGAGCACCUGGACGGCGACCUGCGAGUCGAUGCCAAGCUUAACGAGCGGGACGUCAUGGUCAACCUGGCCGUCCAGCCGGGAGAUCAUGGCGAGCUUGGCCGAUAUCUUGGCGCCAGCCAGCUGCUCGUGGGCAAGUCGAGAUGA